UAUUUUAGUAAGGUUAAGUUCACCAUACUCUAUUACAUAAUACACAGGUUAGAUUAUAAAAAACUCAUUGUGAAAACUUCGAAAUGCCCAACCAUUUGGCUCCUCAUAAUGCUGCGUGUACAGAAUUAUAUAACGUAUUUCUUCAAUGCCAAACUGAGCACCCCGUUGGGAAAUUUUUGAAUUUUUGCGACGCCGACCUUACGAAAUUUCGAAGGUGCAUGAAAGCUGAGAGAAUCAAGAGGCAGGCUGCUAAUUUUAAAGAUGCUCAAGAGAUGCAGCAAAGGAUUCGUACAAGCCUAUUAACCCAAAGCGACGAUUCAUAAUGGAUGAGGUAUUUUCAGAUUACUCGGAGCCUGUGACAAAGAAAAGAAAGGUGUCUGAUCUUGAAGAAAAUAAUAAGUCACAUAGUAUAACAAUUGGUGAUAGCCAAAAGCUUUCUACUACAAUUGAAGACUUAGAGUUGACAGAGAGUAAAACAGCGCCGCAUAUUCUACAUAGCUUCAAGUUCACAACUGUGUUUCCAAAUGUCACAGAGCGUUAUCUUACGCCAUAUUAUUGUAUAAAUGAAGAUGUACCUGGUAAUGAUACCUGCAUCUGGGUCCAUAGUAAUCGUAUUUGUUUGAUUGGCUUGGCUCCAAGUCAUGAAAUUAUAGAACAGAAAAAGAAAGUGAAGUGUAUCAGUUUUAAAGUCAGUGAUAAGUUGGAUAGAUCAUCAAAUAAAGUUUCUGGAAAAAGUAAGCAUGGAGCACAGCCUCUGCAGCCAUCCUCAACAAUUUGCACUAUCCAGUGUGAAGAUGAAAAAGUCUAUUCUGUCAAAUGUAAUAUGACUGGAAAAUUGAUGGAAGUCAAUAACGUGCUGCUUGAAAAACCCGAGCUUUUGUUUCACCCCCCUCACAAAGGGGGAUACUUGGCUAUCGCUUUACCAAAUAUGGUUCGUUUUGAAGCAUUAACGAAAGAAUUACUUACUCAAGAACUUUACCAUGCAAGGAUGGCUGUGAAAAAACCAAGCAUCAAUAACAUAACAACUGAGUAGUUUCUAGAGAACUGUACUUUUUAAUGUUCAAUUGGAUAAUCCACAGAAUUGAGAUUGAAAAGUAUCCCAACUGUUUGAAGCAUUUCUAAAGUAAAUGCUGACCUCAGUUUUCAUUAUUGUUGAAAUGAUGAGUGGAUUCAUCAUACAUGUUUUUAUAAUGUGAUAUAUGACGUUUUGACACCAGACUUUUCAUUAAAUACUUCAUAGCAGAAAAUUUAAAUAGACAUAUAUGUACCAUUUCUUGUUUAAUAAAUGGAGCGAAAUAUUUAUACAUAUAA